AUGCCCCACACCAGGCUGCUGCUCCUCCUCGCCCUCCUCUGUGCUGCCGAGACCGGCCAGGCUCUCCGCCUCUACAACGCCGCCUCCAUCUUCAGCUGCCUCAACACGGCCCUCACCGAAGCCUGGAAGAGCCGCCCGGAGGAAAACACCAUCUUGGACAAGCGUGGCUUCGACUCCCCAUUGCCAGUGGAAGUGUCUGAGGAGGAGGAGGGGGAGGACGUGGUGGAUGAAGAGAUGGGGAAAAGGACGUUCCCGGGGGAAGGCCAUUACAAAUACGUCUCCCAAGCACAGGUGAAGGGCAAGACAUACCAAAACCGGGCCAAAAGCGACCGCCGCACCAAGGUCACCCUCUCCCUCGACGUCCCCACCAACAUCAUGAACAUCCUCUUCAACAUCGCCAAAGCCAAGAACUUGCGGGCAAAGGCCGCCGCCAAUGCGCACCUCAUGGCCCAAAUCGGGCGGCGGAAGUGA